AUGGAAGUGGACAGAAGGAAGAAUUUGCAGAUUGGAUCCAAGGGGAAGGAGGUUCAGAGCAAGAACCCGAGGCGGGAGGAGCCGCUGGCAUCGUCGGAGGUGGACAUGGAUGAGCCAGAGGCUGCCGAGAGCGGCGACAUGAUUGUUGAUGGCAACAAUGGCAGCUCCAAAGAGAGCCCCUUGCCGCCCAUGGAUUCCAAGAACUCCAAGGGCUGUGUGGCCAAGAAGCGGAGAUCGGUAAGCGCCGACUUUGGGGAGGAGCUGGACUUGGACCUUGGCAAUGGGGAGGAGAGUGGGGCACAGCAGGAGGAGAGGAAGCUCUCUAGGCAGGACCGGGUUGAGCUUUGCCGGUCGUUCCAGCACGCAGUGAGCUCCCAUGAUUGGGAGACUGCAGAGGGGCUGGUAGGAAUGGCCGAUGCACAAGGGCUCAACGAUGUGCUCUGCGUUGCAGUGGAUGCAAUUUGGUUCUUGAGUGACAAGGACGAGCUCCUUGCUAUUGUGGGGUUGAUCAGGAGGAUUGUGUCUGAGGGCGUGAAGGAUUUUACCCGUGCUGCGCUCCGGACUUCAUUCCUCGCAUCGUGUGUAUCGGCAUGUAGGGGACGGUCGACUAGCCUUGCUGAUGCAGUGAGCUUCAUGGGUCAGAAAUUGCAUGAACGGCUUCAAGAAUCCCAAGGUGAUGAGGUAUUGAAAGCAGAAGCAAGUGCAAAGGUUCAGCUUCAGUUGUCUGCUUUCAAGACAUUUCUUGAUCUUGCUGAUAAUGAGCUUACCGGGAAGGAUUUUACGGAGGCCUUUGAUGCUGCAUGCUUCCCUCUUACACUCUUUUCAACCACCUUCGACCAAGGAUGGGCAUCAGGAAUAUUAGCAGCUGCGGUACAAGGGCUUUUAGAGUUGUUGGUAGAGGGUGGUGCAGACAAUGUAAACCAAUGCUUUCUUGAAGCUGCACGCUAUGGCAGCACUGAGCUUGUGCGGAUCUUACUUCAGAUUGCUCAAAGAAACAGCUUGGACAUUGAUGUGGAUCUAGCCCUUGGCUUUGCCGCUCACUAUGGGAAGAUCGAAACCAUGGGGUGCUUGGUUGAAGAAGGUAAUGCUGUUGGCUUUCUUGGCCCUUUGAUGCGUGCUGCUGAACGUGGAUGCCUCCAAGUUGUGGAAUGGUUUGUCAACCACGGGUGUCAAGAAAUGGAGCUUUGUCUAGCCCUUACUGCUGCCACCUCUAGUAGCCAGAUUGCAGUUGCUGCUUAUCUUCUUCCUCUUGUCCCGCAACAUGUUCUUGCCCCCCUCAGCAUUGAGAUUAUCAAGGCUGCUGGUGAGAGGAGUACAGGUUCCCUGCAUGGUGUCGAUUUUCUUCUCCGCUCGGACUUCCUCAAUGACCCAGCUGCCACAUAUGCCGUGGCAGACAGUAUUGCAAGAUGUACCGAUGAAGCUGUGGAUGCAAAGCUUAGGUCUUUCAUGAAUGAGCACUGGAGCGAGGCAGCCUUUUCUGCGGGAUUCGAAUCUGCACAACAGCACUUUGUUAAUUUCAUGAGGAUAUUGGAAAGGGGUGAAUCACCAAUCCGCCUAGGGGACCUCCCUCUUGAGCUGGUAAUUGCCAUGGCCUACCUGCCACUCUAUAAGGAAUGCAUGAAUUCCAGUGGGCGACUUUUGCCUCAAAGGCUUAGAGGUCAGCUUGUGGAGGCUGCAAGCAGGCUCGAGGACCGGCAAGUGGAAAGGGAUAGCCAAAGCAGAGAACUCUUGGCCAUCUUGGAGCACCACAUCCCACGAUUCAUGACCCAAACUUGA